AUGCGGAAGAUUGUCUCAUUCUGGGAGACAUGCAGUGACAAUGUCUCCCGGAAUGAGACAUGCAGACCGACAAGAGUGUAUUGUGCACUCUUGUCGGUCGAAGUUUUGAAAUCACAUUCUGAUUGCAAAAGAUUGUCUCAUUCUGGGAGACAUGCAGUGACAAUGUCUCCCAGAAUGAGACAUGCAGACCGACAAGAGUGCACAAUACACUCUUGUCGGUCGAAGUUUUGCAAUCGCGUUGUGAUUGCAAAAGAUUGUGCUAUUCCUGCAUAUUUCCUACGAGCCUGCUUCAUAAAAUUGAAUCCUUCUAUCCAAUUUAA